GGCCGGCCCGGCCACGCCAGUCAGUCAGCGAGAGACGUACGUAGAGUGAGGAGCAGCUGCAGGAGUAGCGGCAGGACGCUGCAGGGCCCGCCGGUGCCUGGAACAGGACAUCAGGGACACAACUUCAGACCAUCCCAAGAGUCGAGGCAACUGGCCCACCCCGCAACCAGCGUCGCCAUGGCCGUCCCACGCAGCGGCUAAACUCCAACCACCAGGAUCCAACCCAACAGAACCGGCUGACUACAACCAAGACAGUACAAAUCAGUGAUAAACAGGAACUUAAGGAACGUUAGGGAAGAACAGAACUUUCAGCAAGUACGGAACUGGUGGUACUCUUAGAUUAAUUGUGUAACAGACCAAGUAGGGAACAAACAGUGAAACAAACGGUUCAAAACUAUUGCAAGCAAGCUCCUACACCCCCCCAGUGAGUGCGCCAGCCGCAUCAACUUCAGUUCGUCUCAGCCUGUCGGAAUACUGCAGCCGGUAUGCUGUGCUCAGUGGCGAUGCCCGCCGACUACGAGGUGCCCGCCUUUCACCGGCCGUCCCCGGUGCGCCGGCCCGCCUCCCUGAACCUGGCCGUCAACAUCACGCCCCUGAGCGCGCCCCGGCCCAUCCUGGUGGUGCGGCCGGAGGGCGCCGAGCAGCCCGCCGUCGAGGAGCAGAAGGCCCCCGUCGAGCUGUCGUCGCCCACCCGCAGCAAGAAGAAGGUCGUCUUCGCCGACGCCGCCGGGAAGCAGCUCACUCACGUCAAGAUCUUUGAGCAGGUCAUGACGGAGCCCUCGUUCGCGCCCCCGCGGUGGAGCAUGGCCUUCCUGGCGCAGGUGACGCGCGGCGCCGCGGCCGAGGUGUCCCCCGAGCCCUGGGAGCUGACGUUCGCGCAGCCCGCCUCCGACUACCUGCCCUUCCGGGGGAAGCUGGACCGCGAGAACGUGAGCCUGGAGAACGUGAUCGUCCGGGAGGCGGAGCAGGUCGUGGUCGGCACCGUCAAGGUGCGGAACCUGGCCUUCCAUAAAGAGGUCCUGGUGCGGUCGACGUCCGACGACUGGGCGACGCACGAGGACGCGUACUGCACGUACGUGAACAACGGGCCCUGCGCGGCGGGCGUGCCGGUCCUGUACGACACCUUCUCGUUCAGGCUGGCGCUGCCGCCCCAGUCCAGGAAGCUCGAGUUCUGUGUCCGGUUCCGCGCCGAGGGGCACAGCCAGGACUUCUGGGACAGCAACGGGGGCAAGAAUUACGUACUCCUCAAGAAGAGCUCGCCGCACAACCCGGUGCCCCAGCUGCAGUACACCAGCCCGACGGUGGACGAGCUCACGUCGAAGAUCGGAGGCCUUGCAGUACAUCACAUCCGCCCAAUGAGCCCACCCAAGCAGAACGAUAUCUACGCCAAGGUGGAUUCUUGGUCAGAGUUCGCUUCAUGGGAUCAUCUGAGUAUGGAUGGGCCUUAUUGGUGAAGGUCUAGUGUCAGCUCCCCCAUCUCGCAGACAAGCAGCCAGGAUGCACAUCGAGAAACAAGUGUUGGUGUACGGCCUGUAGGCCUGUCUGCAGUCGCUCUCAUCCAUCCAGUCGACUAGACCCUUUUUGUGAUAUCACCCACCAUGAAUUGUACAUAAUUCAUCAUAGCAAUGUAUCAAUUUCACUUGAAAGACUGAUUUUUAGGCAUAAACCAUAGGUAAUCACUCCAGUUCAUGUAUGAAAUUGAGUGGUAAUGUGAUCUGAAUGGGCGAUUUUCUUGAAGUUGGACAUUAGAGUUUACUCCUUGUUACCUCCAAACUGUCAUAUGUGCAUGUGUGUACCCCUUCCAGAACCUUACUUGACUUUGUUGUGAAGAACUCAAUGUGGUUCAUUAAAAUUUUGUUACAUAGGUACUUAAUUUGUACACAUUGAAUCACUUGUAUUCUUUAGACAUUUUCAAGGGUCAAUAUUUAUGGUCCAUCAUUUUUUAGACUUUAUCGAUUACAAUACUGAAAUAUUUUAUUUUCAAAGUAAGCUGACUGCGGGCGAAGACUGAUUAAUAUGAUGAUAUAAUUAGAAUUGGUGUUGUUCAUUCAAAUGUGGCAUAGGUCUUUGAUUUCCACAUCUUGUCUCAGAAUGGCUAAUAUUUCACUUUUAAAUAAUUUGAUUUCUUUAUUUUAUUUGUGACUGUGAUAUGUGAAAGUUAUUUGUGAAGCAGACUAAAUAGUCGAAGUUUAAAUACUAAUGAAGUUAAAAGCAAUUUUCAUGAAAUGACUUAGACGUUUGUACUUCUUCACUGUUAAUUUAAAUUAGCCAUUCCAGAGGUUGAAAAUUUUGUCAAGCAUACAGAUUAGGGGCUUGAGCCCUCAGUCGUUGUUAUUUAAUAGGACUUGCUAAUGUAGGCCAUUGUUCUUGCUUGUUAGGGGCCGUGGUUAUUAGAACACUGUACGUAUGCAUACAGCUGGCUUUGGAUGUGCCAUUACAGUAACUCUUGUGCCAUUAACUUUCAAAUGUUUUGUUCUGAGGUGGUAUUGCUUGUUUUGUUGAUGUUAAAGGCAAUAGUUUUCCUUGGUUUUAUUAAGUGUUACAUAUUAAUCUAAGGGGUGAGUUUUGAGAUAAUUGUAUCUCAUGAGGCAAAACUAAUUUUUAAUUUGUCCAUGUUUUAAUGGUUUUUUUUUUUCUUGAUGUCUGCGUAUUGAAUCAUUUUAUUGUUAACAAUUGUUUUGCCGUGUAAAUUUUGUAUGACUGGACUGCAAUAAUUUAUCUCUAGUCAGUAAUUUAACAAAAUAUUGCCAUAAUGCCAUAUUUUUAUACAGUCACUUCCAUUGUUUCCCCAUCUUUUAAUGAAAUGAGAGAUUUUUUAAUUGAUAAGUAGAGAUGUUUUUAGAUGACUAAGGUUUUUAAGAAUUCAUGAAAAUAAAAGUUUUCAAUAUUUAA